AUGUCUGCCACCGGAACUGCUCCUCCUUCCUCUACCGGCUCCACCAAGGUGGACGCCAUCAAGGAGAACAUCAAGGCCGCCGCUCCCAAGAAGCUCAGCGGUCUUGACCUCUACUCGAGAUUCGCCUUUGCCGGUGCUGUCUGCUGUUCCGUCACCCACGGUGGUCUUACCCCCGUCGAUGUGUAA